CUGUAGUCUCUGCAUCUUUUUUGUGAGCUCAGAAGUUUACAGAAAGUGAGCUGGAAAAGAAGCUGGAACUGGUCGGGCACGGUAAAGCUGGUACAGGAUAAGUUGGAUUCUUCACUGUGAGGAGGAUGUCUGAGGUGCCGGAGACGCGAGACUCUGAAAAUAACUGGGUGAUUGCAAGCACUGAGGAACUUCCCGUGGAGACGUUAAGAGCCGAGCACUCGAAAACCCAUGAUGUACAAGAACCAGAUAAGUCUUCAGCAACUGCCCAAGGCCCAGAAACCACAGACAUAGAUGGAUCUUCCAUUUCCAAAGAGACUCAGGCAAGUGAAUCACCCCAUGUUCAUGUCGGAGCUGCACCACUCCAGGAACAAGUAGAGAUACCCCCAGAGCUGCCAGAUACUGUUGCUCCAGAACUGGAAAACCUAAUUCCUGCACAGAGCACAAGUCCUUCCAGGAAAGUUGAGCGUUUCUUACUGAAGCUAGUGCAGUGCAUUCCUGACACGUUGAGGAGCUGGGGGCCACACAUCGCUAGCAGAUCAGAUGAAGACCUGGAAGAAGUGAGCUGCUCUAGCAGUGAAGAUGAUGUGGAGGGACUUCGGAAGCGUAGAGUAAGAGGAGCGUCUACACCAAGCACGGAGCCCUCAUCACAAAUAUCUGCUAAGGAAGAGACUAAUGGGGGUUCUGGCCUGACUCUCAAUAAGUGCAUUCUUGCUGCCCUUGUGUUUGUUGGCAUAGGGUUCCUGGUGUUCUCAGGUAGUGGGUACAACAAUGAGGAAGAUUCUCCACAGACAGUGGUAACUCGCAGUGUGAAAGCAGGGGACAAACAGCCACAUGUCAUCACAGACAUAAAGGACUGGAUACAGCAGCAUGCUGCAGACUUCAUGGGAGAUCCAGGCAGCUUGGAGGUGAUAAGUGGCCUCCUUGACAAAGUGGCUAAAGAAAAUCAGGAGAUAAGACAUAUGCAAGCUAAACUACAGGCUCAGAAAGAUGAACUCGAAGCGAUGUUGGAAGUUAGUGAGGGUGAGCAGUUAUCUCCAGGCCCCCAACAUCUUGGACUUUCAGAAGAAAAUAUUAGACUGAAGGAAGCUUUGUUAAAGGAGGAGACUUUACAUUUGUCUGUCCAAGAAGAACUGAAGAAUCUUCAGGAAAAACUAGAGAGCAUUGAAGGGAAAUGUGCAGAAAGUGAAACUCUAGGAUUAGAGAAUGCUAAGCUACAAGAUGAUCUUAGCUCAACCAAAACACAGAUUGAGGGCUUCCUUGCUCAGAAAGAGACUUUGGUGGCUGAGUCUCAAAUGCUCAGACAGGAACUGGACAAGCAAAAAGUAUUAGUGGCCUCAAUCAGGCGUGAUCUAGAAAAUCUGACCACCCAAGAAAUUAAUUCUGAAUCAGAAAGUGAGCAACAGCUGCAGAUUAAGAUUUCUGAAAUUAAUAAUAAUUUGGCCAUGGAGAUCCAGAGGUCAGAGAUAUGGGAAAAGAAGUAUGUGGAACAUGCACAGAAGUGGAAGGAACAAAGUGCAAAAGAGAGAGGAAAACAUGGGCAAAAAGAAGGGAAGUGGGUAGAGAAAUCUAAUCACAAUUUAAAUACAUCCAAGUCUGAAAGAGAAUUUAGGAAAGCAGUGCAUGCUUCUAAACAUGGGAAGGAGCAUGGGAAGAGAUGGUUAGAUGAUGAUAAAAGGGAAUCACAGCAUGAAGAGUGGAGGAACAGGAAGCAUGAGCACAAAGGUGAGAAGCGAGAACACUGGCAGGAAAAGAAGAACCGACACUGGGAUGGGGAGAAAGCCCCUGCAGGAAUGAAAGAAUUUCACCAGGUGGGAGACAAAACAAAAAAAGAUUCUGAGAAGACUAAAGAGUACAGAGGAAGAGACUCUGCUCAUAGCCAUCAUGAAAAUACUGAAGGAAUCAAGAAACAGAAGCAGUUUCAUCAUCAACAUCGUCAUCAGGAAGAGGAAGGGGACAGAUUUCACCCCAGAAAAGGGCAAAAAGAUUUUUACGAAAAUGUAAAAAAAGAACAGCAGAACCGCCAACAUAAGGAGCAUGAUGAGAAAUUACAAGGAAAAGAUUCCCACCACCGGCACCAUGAUCACAACAAAUUUUGGAAGAAACUAUCGGACCAUCAAUACCGCAUCCCUGAAGGUUGCUCUGGCUUGGAAGACUGUGCCAAAAAGGAUGGCAUGGAUCUCUUCAAUGUGGAGUUGAAGCCAGUUCAGAGGAAGCAGUUUGAAGAUGUUCUUCAGAGUUAUCUGGCCAAAGUUGAGCUUUCUAAUCAUCUCCCAGAACUUGUGCCACUUUUGAAUGGUUUCUUUGAGGGGCCAUACUUUACCCACCAUAAGAUUCGUUUCAGAGACUUUGUAGAUGAUGUUGAAGAUUUUUUGGAGGAUCUUGCAAAAAGGGAGACUGGAGAUGAUGACUUAGUUGAAGAUUUCGAAAGAUAUGUUUAUACAAGUUUCUUUGGAGAAGCAGCCACUGUAAAGAAAAGAUUCCCUAAGAAAGAAACCCUCAAGUAUACUGACACAGUAGAGGACAAAUUGCGCAGACCAUCCAUACGUAAUGUCACCAAAAACUACAAGAGUCAAAACCUGGAUAACAGAAGGCAUUUCGACCACACCAAUGAAGAUUUACAGCCUAAAGCAGAAUUAAAGCCUCACUAUAAUGAUCAUAAACUCCCCCACCAAAAAGAUGUAAGGGAAAUUCACAAGCCAUCAAGCACGCAGUAUAAGAAGAAAGAAGAAUCCGGUUUCCACAAUGAUCUUGGAUCAACUAACCGAAAGUAUACUUCCAAAAGUACUCUUAUGCCUUCCAAGCAAAACUACGAGAAAAAUAGAGGUACCUCUCAACAUGUUGACAACUCAAAGAAACUAUAUUAUCGAGAGAGAAAAAAAUCUGGUCACCAUCAUGGUCACAGAGAAUCCACCGAAAAUGGACACAAUCAUCAUCAGAAUCCUAAAUCUUCUAACCCUAUUUAUGAAAAUAAUGGAGAACUCUCUCCUCCCCAGAGCCACAAGUCAACCAAAUUAUACUAUAGAAAAGGAAAGAAACCCAAUAACCAUCAUGAUCACAAUGAAUAUUUUUUAAAAGAUAAACAAAAGUUUCAACAACAAAACUACAAAUCUUCCUAUUUAGAAGAGCCAACUCAUUACCACAAGCAUGAGAGAUUUAACUUACAAAACAGAAAGGAAGAAGGACAACACCAUCACAAGACCAGAUUUGGCAACCUUCACUAUGAAGAUUAUGCUGGGCAAAGAAUUCCAUCCUAUGAUCAUGAGCAUCAUGGAAAUGAGCCCCACUUUUUUCUGACCGAAAAUGAAGAAGGUGAAUUUUCAUACCAAUAUAACCAUCAAAAAUGUAGACAGAAAAAUGAAAAGGAUAAGUUCACGAAUCACCACAAAUCAAAACAUUAUGACAAGCACCAGGGACAUAUUCACCAAAAAGACUAUAAGCUGUCUCACCAGAAGAGUUGGAAUCAAGAUGGUUCUGAUAAGCAUAUAUCAGAGUUUUAUGUUAAGAAUGAAAAUGAAGUUGAUCAGAACAACCCCACAUAUCAAAAGCAUUUGGAAGAGGAAUCCAAAACUAAGAAGUGGCAGAAAGAAAUCCCUUCUGGUUAUGCACAUGGUCAUGACAAAAAGGCAGAUGAUCGCCAUCACAGAAGGACUGAAAAAAAGCAUUAUAAGGAGAAGACUCCAGGGGCCUGGAAGUGAUAUAUUAACAAAAAAACAGCAAGUGUAAUGAAAAUUGUGAUGACAGAAACAGUUUAAAGGAGUCGGACAAAGAUAUUUGUAUAUAAUUAUAUGAUAGAAUAAUAAAAUAGAAAAAUGCAAGGGGUACAAUUCUAGGAGCCAUGAAUUUUGCAGUUUUCAAGCACUAAAUUAAAAAAAAACUUCUAUUUUACUUCAGCAUCUAUUCAUGCUGCGGUUUAGUUAAAAAAUAAAAUUAAAAAAUUAGUAGAUACCAAAAAAGUCAAACACAGCAAUUAGGUGAAAUAAAGUGCACAUAUCCUGGUCUGGAGCACAUAUCUAGUGGCCAGGUGGUGGUUAACCCUAAUUCCUAACUUACCAGAUUCCUCGAGUGUAACAUUGUAUUGAUUUAUUUACACGAAUAUUUGAAUAGUAUACCAUGCUGAUACAUUACUUCCAUGUUCUUUCAGACUUAUAGAAUGCUUUGUAAAAUUGCACUUAUUUAAAUUAACACAAGCAUUUUAGGUCUAUUGCACAUUUUUGCAGCUAUACACUGGAUUUUUGUGAUUUAAUUUUGAGUGUGUUUGUGUUAUACAUUGGACUAAUGCAAGAGGUAAAUAAAAGGUUAAAUCCA